AUGGAUACAGAGAAAAGCAUGUGCGCUAAAUUUGUUGAUAAUGUCCCGGGAGAUUAUAAUUUAACACUCAGAUUAUUAGAAAUGUUGCAAAGAACGAAAUACGAAUUAGUACAAGAAAACGGACAACGUCGUUUAACCGCUCCAGAAAUAGUUCGUAGUGAAAAGGAACGUACGAAAGGUGCUGAAAUUUUCCUCGGGCGUCUUCCGCGAGAUUGUUACGAGGACGAAUUGAUGCCAAUACUCGAAACAGUCGGUCGUUUAAUGGAACUGCGAUUGAUGCUCGAUUUUUCCGGAUCUACCCGCGGAUACGCGUUUGCCUUGUUCGAUAAUUCAAAUAUCGCGAGACGCGCGUGCGCACAACUUGACGGUUAUGAAAUCAGACCCGGGCAUCGUAUCGGUGUCGUUAAAUCGGUUGAUAAUUGUCGGCUUUUUUUCGGCGGAGUGCCAAAGAACAAAAGCAAAGAAGAGUUUUUGAAAGAACUCAAGAAGAUCCUUGACGAUAUUACCGACAUUUAUCUGUACCCGUCCGCGCACGACAAAACGUUGAAUCGCGGUUUCAUUUUCGUCGAAUUCAAAGAUCACAGAGCCGCCGCCAUGGCGAGGCGAAAAUUAAUACCUGGAAGAGUCAUGUUAUGGGAUCAUGAAAUCGCGGUUGACUGGGCCGAUCCCGAACCUGGUGAUCCUAUCGACGAAGAAAUUAUGGAAACGGUUACUGCUCUGUUUGUACGGAAUUUGACCUUGGAAAUGACACAACAGAAAGUUAGGGAAGUCUUUCAAAAGAACACACAAAUCCCUGUAUUAAAGUUAAAGAAAAUUAAUCAUUUCGCGUUCAUACAUUACGAAAAUCGCGAAGCUGCGCAAAAUGUAAUGGAUAUUAUGACAAAACCAGAUGGCGUCGCUGAAAGUGAAGGCUGGGAAGUACGUUGGGCAAAGCCAAUUGGAGCUACAAAAAUUUUAGAAAGACAACGAUGUAUCAACGAAGCUAUUGCAAAAUCGAAUUCACAAAAUCUAGGGCAAACUUACGUUAAGCACACAGCAACGAAAAAGUCCAACGUUAAAAGUAUCGUAGAUAUGAACGGCAACAAUAUAGUCGAUUUGCCCUCAAUGCACAUGAUUGCUUUACAAAACUUCAUUAAAGAAAAGUUUAACGCCACUUGCUCUUUUAACUGUUUGCGCUCAGUGGGCACGUCAAGUUUUAUGUGCAAAGUAUCUAUUUUUAAGGAAGCUCAAGUUUUAUACGAAUACAACGGAGAAUUAAUGCCAACAAAACAAGAUGCCAUUAUCGUUGCAUGCAUAAAGAUGUAUCAUUUCGUGGGUACUACGUUCCAAAGUUACCUGCUGCGGGAAAACGAGCACUAUUGCAUGGAACAAAAGCAUGGCAUUAAUCCUGUGGUUGGGUCGCCAGUCAGCUGGGAUAGUCAAAUAGAUUAUAACUAG